AUGUCGCAGAUCUCCGAUGCCGAUGUUAGUGGCAAACCAGAUACCGUUUCCGUACCCAGUCUAGAGAGUGCCAUCCGUUUGCUAGAGAACGAACAGCAAAACCAAGCUCGCCAACAGUUGCAACAAGAACAACAACAACAAGGGAUAACAGGGGCCCAACCAGACGCCAUUGUUGUGGUUCCCCAACAGCCCGCGGACCCCUCAUUGCCCGCUCAACAGCCUGUCCCUGACUCAACAGGUCGAUUUCCGCGCCGUGCACGAGGCAACAACGCCCCGGUAUACAACCUCGCGAGAUUGACCGGCACCUAUGUGCAUGGCAAACGCGCCUCGAAAGGUGACAUUGUUCUGCAGAAGAAACGGAAACCGAAAGGUAGAAAACUAGCGGCUCUACUGGCCCAGCAGGCUCUCGAAGCUGAGCAGGCCGCUCAGCAGGCCGCUCAGGGCGAAACUCCAGCAGACCCUGCCGCAAACAUCCCAUCUGUUCAACCAGCAAACCAGGAAACCGACAAGCCCGAUUCGAACGCGCCCGCAGACGCGCCCACGAUCCCGCCCCCCACGAUCCCCGAACCCACGAUCCCCGAACCCGCAAUUCCCGAAUUCGCUGCUAGUCCCGACAAAAAUGGCGCCGCUCAACCACCCGACGCCCCAGCCGAGGAAAAUCGCGUGGAUCACGAGAGUCUCGACGCGUCAAUGCAUGAAGCGCCGCUUGAAUUCCCUACAGAUACCGCCGAACUGAGCUUGACGACAAAAGCCGAUACCGCGCAAGACAUAAACACCAACACCAGCGACGCGCUGACUCCCGUUCUGCCAGUCGAUGUUCCCGACCAUAUUCCCGCGAUCGCACCGAGCGCAACCACAAAGCCUAGCACAAGGGGAGCCAAGGCAACCAAGAAGGACGUUGUCAAGAGGCCUGUCGGGAGACCCAAGAAACGCACGGCGACAAACACAGGCAAAGCAACCAGGACAGCCCUCGCCGAAACAGCCAAGACGGUCACCGCCGAGGAAGGUGGAACGAGCACUGUCGAUGAAGCCGUAACAAGCUCCCCCAAGGAAGCCGUACCCAACGUCGAGAAGGAAGCCGAACCCAGCAUCGAAAAAGAAGCGGAACCAAGCGGCACCGAAGAUGUACAAACAGGCACAUGGGAAGAUGUCCCAGCAGAAACAACUGGAGAUGUACAAACAAGCCCAGCCAAACAGGUCAAAGCAGUCAAAGCGAAGGGAGUCAAAACAACAAAAGGCAAGGCAACGAAAGCUGGGACGAUCAAAGCCUCCGCUGUAGUCCCUGCCACGCGCAGAGCGACGCGUCAUUCGGGCGUCCCCGUUGAAGACCCGAUCUUGCCAUUGAUAACACCGGCACCGGGCAAAAAGACCAAGAAGACAGCUGAGCCUGCUGUGACUCGUGUCCCACGGGAGCUGAAGCGCUUACGAGAUACGAACGAAUUCGUUGGCAUCGAGACUCGUCCGAUUCGAUACUCUGUUUGGAGCAACGGAAAGUACGUUAACGUAACUGAGGAGAAGGAGCCCACUGCACCAGCAAAGAAGAAGGCCAAGGUCGAGAGCAGCACAGCUACAGUGCGCGAAGAUAAGAAGGAUAAGACGGUGGAACCAGAGGCUCCGAUGAACACCGACUCUCCUCGUCCAGUCGUCAAGCAAAAGCGCGUAAAGAAGUGGCUUAAUAAGGGUCUCUACGCUGGCCAGCAGGCGCCUGAGGACGUCACCAAAAGUCUCACUACGCAAGAGAGGAAGAGGCUCCUGACUAUCCCAGAACUCGCAAAGAGUGGCCCACCAAACAAGGUCCUUCCACUGCCAAUUUUCAAUGGAUUGCGGCUGCUCAUCACAGGUCGUGAUUUCAAGCUGCCGUUUGAUGUCUGCCACCCAUUGCCUCCCGGACAGCCCAAGCCCGCCGCAUACCGCACCAUGACAAAGAACCGUUUCAUUGGCCAGGCCGCGGCGAUAUGGAAGAAGACUCCUCACUUUGAGGAUUUUGCUUCCAAGUGUGUAUGUACGCCUGAAGAUGGAUGUGCACAAGACUGCCAGAAUCGCGUCAUGCUGUACGAGUGUGAUGAGACCAACUGCAACGUCGGCAAAGAGUUCUGCCAAAACCGGGCUUUCCAGAUGCUCACAGAAAGAACCAAGAAAGGAGGUCGUUACCGCAUAGGUGUUGAGAUCAUUAUGGAGUACACGGGCGAGAUCAUCACCGAUGAGGAGUGUGAACGUCGAAUGAAUGAGGAGUACAAGAACAACGAGUGUUACUACCUCAUGUCAUUCGACCAAAACAUGAUUAUUGACGCAACUACCGGUAGUAUCGCGCGGUUCGUCAAUCAUUCAUGCUCCCCUAACUGUCGCAUGAUCAAAUGGAUCGUCUCUGGGCAGCCGAGAAUGGCGCUUUUUGCGGGUGACCGCCCCAUCCAAACUGGCGAGGAGCUAACGUACGACUACAAUUUUGACCCCUUCUCCGCUAAGAACGUGCAGAAGUGUUUGUGCGGUGCGCCCAACUGCCGAGGUGUCCUUGGGCCCAAACCUAAGGAAGUGAAGCCGCCCAAGCCUCCGAAGGCAGAGGUUAAGGGCAAGAAAAAGGCUGCUAAAAGGAAGCUUCGAGAGCUCCUAGCCAAUGGGAUGGACAAUGCUGUAGAGGGCGAGGGGAAGUCACCGAAGAAAUUGAAGGUGGGUAAAGCCCAAGCCGGCAAGGCGACCGAAGAUACAGCAAAGGGAGCUCCAACAUUUGUGUCGCGAAAGGUCUCCAAGGUGUCUGUCAGCGCCAAGUCCAAGGUUGCUUCGGCGAAGACCACCAAGGCGUUCACUCGGAAAGUCAGCAUUGCGACGACGAGAGUUGUCAAAUCCUAUUCCAAGAAGGGCGCCGCCGCGAAGAGCAAGACGAUCACGCUGAAAGCUCCGUCAAGGGGUUCCAGCUUGACCAUAGUCGCAGCUGAUGCAGCCGGCUCUAUCACAGCGGCAGGAACGACGGGGGCUGAAGAGGAGGUAGGAAACAAAGCUUCCAAGACAGCCAAGGUAACUCCCAAAAACACGCCCAGGGCAAAGAAGACGGCGGACGCUGUCCAAAACACUCCUGCUACUGCAGAGGGAGACGGCGGCUCGAUUUUUGAUGUACCGUCAUCUUCUUCUGCAAGGAAACGCGCCCCCUCCUGGAAGGUGCGCGACUCCGGCGUUAAAAACGUAUCAUCCCUCUUCAAGAAAGCCAGGAAAUCACCUGUCAAGAGCAAGGACACUGCCAGUCCGGCGGCCAAGUCUGUCGUUAAACCGCGCAAGGCUAUCACGAAGGCGAAGGUCACAAAACCGGGCAAGGCGAUGCCAAAGCUGACUGUCGCCAAGAAGACGGGCAAAUCCGUGGCCAAGCCUGCGGUAUCAAAGUCUGGCAAGGGAUCUGUCGGCACUAAGGGUGCGACUAAGAUUCGCCUCGUUAGCAAGCCGGCCGAUGGCCAGGACGAAAAUGCCGCUCCGGAACUGGUCGAGUGA